CAAUCACAAAACAGUAAGCUAUGAAUUGUGGGUACAACAUGGCUGCGCCCUUCUCUCAUCUCUACAACCACCUUACCUUAACAUGACAAUCGAUUUAUCACAGUUUUAACCAGGAACUCCGGCUACAAAAAACAGUGGACACCCUCGCUUUGGAUUCAAACAUUAAAUCUGAAGAUGGAAGAGCGCCCCGGAAGAGCGCUCACAGGGGCGACGAUUGCCCAAAUGCUGAUGAACAAUUUCGAGAGACUGCCUGACAUUGAUCAGAAAAUCUUUCUCUAUGGACCUGCUUAUCUGGCGGGGAAUGGUGGCCUUGCGGGACUGGUAUCGAACAGCUUGUACCGCAGAGCUCUGAAUAUCAAACAGGCAGGCGUCACCUCGUCCCUGCCGAUGGCCGUGAUGCCCUUCCUGACAACAUACGCGCUCUACAACGCGGUUGUGACCAAUCCCCUCUUGAACGGUGACCUCAACUGCCCCUCCUGUGCCCUGAUACGAGGUGCUCUCGUUGGUGUGGUGGGCGCCGGGUUGUACCCCAUCCUGCUGGCCUUGCCUGUCAAUAUCGCCAUCGCAUCCAUGUACAACACCGCUCCGUUGCCACAGAAGGGCAACGUGCUCCGGUACUACGUGGAGCUCUCCAGACCGAUCGUGAGGAAGAUGAGGGCGGUGCUGGUGCUCCAGGCGUUAUUUGGGACCUACCUGAGCUCCAGGAACUUUGACUCUUACACCACACUGGCCAAGAUAACAUUUGACUCAGGUCGAGAGGAACUCAAAGACUGAAAUGUUUCCGAUGGGAAACUUAAAGGCUUAUAUCUCAAAUUCUAUAUUAAGUGUGGAAUAUAGCAGAGAUUUCCCCAAUAAAUGAAGUGAAGUCUGCU